CGUGUUUGGUGGUGUUCCGGUUCGGGCGGAGACCUGCGGUGAGAGAUUUAUUUGAAUAAAAACCCACAACUGGAAGUAAACCGCGAAUGAAGAUGAGGGAACAGCAGCAAGUGAACCAGCCCGAGGACUGAGAGCACCGACUGGAGAGAACCAUUCUGACUCGGAGAUUCCAGUGAUUCAGUCAGGAGCAAGUUUGGUUAGUCUCAUUUACACAAACACUGGUCUUACAUAUCUGUACAGAAUAAAGUAGGGAAUAGUUGAGGUGAGAAUGCAUGUAUCAGUUAAGUCUGUCAGACAGUUGCAAUCACUCCAGGUCUGGUAAUGUACUGUCAGUAUUCCAGCUCUUUAAAGUCUCUCACAUUCCCUCAGUGUUUGCUCAUUUGAAGAGCUUGCAUCUUCUGAAGUAGCUUUUGGUCAGUUCUGAGUGUGGAGUGGGAAAGAGGGGUGUUACUAUCUUGCAAAAAGAAGUAAUUGUUUGCAAUUACCUGCUGCAGACUCACUGCCCAUACCCUGUACAUUCUCAACCAGAUUAUUGACAUAGAUGACAAGUAGCAAUGGGUGUCACCCUGGGGAGCUCCAGGAGGCACGGGCCUUGACUCCAAUAAACAGCCUCCCAUCAUCACCAUCUGCUUCCUACCAUCGAGCUGUUCCCAGACUCUGGGCUCUGUGACAAACACAAUGGUAGCAGCAAGAUUAGACAGUGAUUAAUAUAAAGAGAGAUUUGUUGCUUCCUGAAAGCUGUCUGAUGCAAUGGACCAGAUCCUCCCUUGCUUACAACUGAAUCUGCCCUAGGACCCAUCCUCCUGGGUCACACUGUGUCCGAUAACCCAUAUCUCCAACCUCCUUCCACCCCGCCAGUAGCCCCACAACUUUCCCACCAUUUACCCCACAACUGCACACAUAAACAGAUCCUCGUUACCGACACCUACUCUCACAGUUUGGGGAACCAGAACUAACUGAUCCGACAUUCCCGGCCCAGACUGUCCAGCUGUCUGGCUCGCUCCCGGCCCUUUCCCACUGCAACCGACCUUCGAUUUAUAUCCAAGAUCAGCCCCUUCUUCAUCGCUGCCCAACCAGGCUCAGAGCUCGUUAAGGAGCGUCAUGUGUGGCCCCUUGUCAAAGGUCUGAAAAUCCAAGUACACAAUAUCAACCAAUUCUCCUUUGUCUACCCUGCUUAUUAUUUCUCAAAGCAUUCCAACAAAUUCAUCAGGCAAGAUUUUCCCUUGAGGAAACAAUGCUGACUCUGGCCUAUUUUAUCUUAUGCUUCCAAGUACCCUGAGCUCACAUCCUUAACAAUCGACUCCAACAUCUUUCAAACCACUGUCAGACUAAGUGACCUAUAGUUUCCUUCCUUCUGCCUCUCUCCCUUCUUGAAGAGUGGAGUGACUUCUGCAAUUUUCCAGUCUUCCAGAGCCAUUUCUAAAUUGAGUGAUUCUUGAAGGAUCAUUAUUAAUGCCUCCACAAUCUCUCCGGCCACCUCUUUCAGAACUGUGGGUGUAAACCAUUUGUUGCAGGUGACUUAUCUGUCUUCAGAUCUUCAGUUUCUGAAGAACCUUCUCUCUUGUUGUGGUCCCUUUUGUACAGGUCCCACCUUCCUUGGAAGAGAGCCAUGGAACCAAAAACCCAAGUCAGUGCUUCAGCUGCAUUAUUGGCCAAUUCUUCUGGAGCGGCUGCUAAAUUAAUUAUUUCCCUGGAAUUUCUGGCUACCCCAUAGGAGGGAGAGGCAAUCAACCAUAAUCUCUCAGAUUCCGUUAUACCCCUUCGUUGCCUAUUCCAAUGGGGUUGAUCCUGAGGCUGAGCCAGGAUCCUCAAGUGUGGCACAAGGUCAGCCAAGUAGCAACAACCACUCCGACCCUCGUUCCUCCUCGAGAACCCGUCUGGUCGGGUGUGGUUCCAUGCAGCUGCCCUGUUCUUUCUCCCGGCAGCCAGGGGUAGGCCCUAUUUCCACAAACCCAAUAAGUUCCAUUUAGUGGUCCAGGGGUAUCAUGAGUUUGACUCUUGGUAUGGUUACUACUUCCCACUUGAUAGGGUACACUCUCAUUCUGGUUCCACCAACAAGUAGUUCUAGCCACUGCUGGAGAUGUAACUCUUAUCCCCGGCCAUAGCUUGGAGGGGUCUUGUGGAGGAGAUCUACGUCUCCAACCCUCAAAGCAACACCAUCCCCAGUCUCACCUUCCAGACCUGGAUAUGGUGCAAUUGACAAUGCUACCAUUACGGCUAUCAGAAAACAUCAGAACUGAAUUUACUUCACCAGUAUUCAGGGGCACCACUGACAGGGGGAUCAUAGUCUUACCAUGUUGGAGAAUUUCACCACUUACCCAACAUGCUCCCCGCUCUACUUGCUUAGCAUAGGUGUGGCAGAGGGACAGGAAAGUGUUAAACUGGGGGCUCCCGAGACAGGGGCAGGUUCCCUUAGGGUCAUUAAAAUCACCAUUAACCAGUACAUUUUUCAGUCCUUAUCAGUUCCGCCAGUAACGUGAUACAGUUGCUACUUCCCACUUGAUAGGGUGCACUCUCAUUCUGGUUACACCAACAAGUAGUACCAGUUUCCUGUGUAAGUUUUGCCAACUUAUCUUUCAAAGUACCUUUGGCUCGUUCCACUAUGCCUCUGCUUUCAGAUGAUGGAUGCAGUGGAACUGCUGUUUUAUAGCAAGUUCUUUACAGAUUUCCUCAUUUAUUUUGGCCCAUUGUCCUGGCUUAUUUCUGUAAGUCCAUAGUGAGGAGUCAUAGUGGUAUUCUUAGUUGUAGGAACAGCUCAGCCUUCUGGGCGGAGACGGCCGCUUUAAAGGAGGCCUGCUCAAUUACACUGGCAUGAAAAAGUUUGGGCACCCCUGGUCAAAAUUUCUGUUACUGUUAAACGAGUAAAAUUUGAACUGAUUUCCAAAAGGCAUAAGUUAAAGAUGACACAUUUCUUUAAUAUUUUAAGCAAGAAAGCUUUUUUAUUUCCAUCUUUACAGUUUCAAAAUACCAAAAAAGGAAGAGGGCCCGAAGCAAAAGUUUGGGCACCCUGCAUGGUCAGUAUUUAGUAACACCCCCUUUGGCAAGUAUCACAGCUUGUAAACGCUUUUUGUAGCCAGCUAAGAGUCUUUCAAUUCUUGUUUGGGGGAUUUUCACCCUUUCUUCCUUGCAAAUGGCUUCUAGUUCUGUGACAUUCUUUAGCCGUCUUGCAUACACUGAUCUUUUGAGGUCCAUCCACAGAUUCUUGAUGAUGUUUCGAUCGGGGGACUGUGAGGGCCAUGGCAAAACCUUCAGCUUGCACCUCUUGAGGUAGUCCAUUGUGGAUUUUGAGUUAUGUUUAGGUUCAUUAUCUUAUUGUAGAAGCCAUUCUCUUUUCAUCUUCAGCUUUUUUACAGACAGUGUGAUGUUUGCUUCCAGAAUUUGCUGGUAUUUAAUUUAAUCCAUUCUUCCCUCUACCGGUAAAGGUUCUUGCAACUCAGGAAAGUACAGUUCCCAUACCAGGCAGUGAUGCAGCCAGUCAGGAUGCUCUCAAUUGUGUUCCUGUAGAAAGUCCUUAGGAUUUGGGUCCCCAUCCCAAACUUCUUCAACCACCUGAGGUGAAAGAGGCGCUGAGCUUUUUUCACAACACAGCCAGUGUAUGCAGACCAUGUGAGAUCCUUGGUGAUGUUUGUGCCAUGGAACUUAAAGUUGUUCACCCUCUCAACCCCAGAUCCAUUGAUGUCAGUAGGGGUUAGCCUGUCUCCAUUCCUUCUGUCCAGAUUCCACAUGAGCUGAGGACAGGGAUUUAUGAUAUUCUAUCCAUUAUUGGGACUUGGUUGCACCGAACAGUCUGAGCGAUUUAGAGGAACAAAUUUGUAGAGAGAUCGCGGAUCAUGCCAAGAAACAAAGGUUGAUUCAGUAAGUGAUUUUAACUUUCCCUAUAUUGACUGGGACUCGAUUACUGUAAAAGGACUAGAUGGGGUAGAGUUUGUCAAAUGUGCCCUUAAUUAGUAUGUAGAAUUUCCAAUGUAUAAGUGUGCAAUAAGCUGUUAGGAAAUGAUCCAGGGCUGGUGACAGAAAUUAGUGAUCAUAAUGCCAUGAGAUUCAAAGUAAAUAUGGGAAAAGAGAGGUCUGGACCAGGGGAUGAGAUUCUAAAUUGGAGAAAGGUCAAUUUUGAUGUUAUCAGAAAGGAUCUGACAAGUGUGGUUUAGGACAGGCUGUUUUCUGACAAAGGAGUACUUGGUAAGUGGGAGGCCUUCAGAAAUGAAAUUUUGAAGGUAUCCAGUUCGUAUGUGCCUGCCAAAAUAGAAGUUGAAAGAUAACUGGUGCAGGGAACCUUGGUUCUCAAGAGAUAUUGAAGCUCCGGAUAUUUUGUUCCUCUAAAUGCCUCAAACUGUUGGGUGCUGCCAAGACUCAUUAAUGACUGACUCAUUAAUCAUCAUUCUAUGUCCUGAACUCAUCUGACUUGUUUAUUAGUCUUCUGUUGGUUUCUCAAAGCUUCCCAAUAGUUUUUGCUCUUUUGUUUGCCCUCUCUUUAGCUGUUAUGUUGGCUUUGGCUUCUCAUUUCAGCCAUGGUUGUGUCCUCCUUCCUUUCCAAUGCUUCCACUUCUUUGGGAUGUAUCGAUCACUCAGUUCCUGCAUUGCUCCCUGAAACUCCAGCCAUUGCUGCUCCAUUGUCAUUCCUACCUUUUCCCUUCCAGACAAGUUUGGCCAGCUUCUCUGACAUAGAAACAUUGAGAAGUUCAGUACAGAAACAGGCUAUUUGGCCCAUCUAGUCAAUGCUGAAAAAACAUUUACUCUGUCUAAUGCGACUACCUGCACCGGGACCAUCGCCCUCCAUACCUCUACCAUCCAGGCUUCCAUCCAAACUUAUUUUAAAUGGUGAAACCGAGCUCAUAUUCACCACUUGUGCUGACAUCUCAUUCCACACUCUCACAACCAUUUCAGUGAAGAGCUUUUCCACAUGUUUCCAUUGAAUUUUCACCUUCCCAACUUACCAUGACCUCUGGUUGAUGUCCCACACAACCUCAGUGGAAAAUGCUGCUGGCGUUUACCCCAUCUGUACCCUCAUAAUUUUGUAUACUAACAAAUCCUCAAAGCAAUGUAUAAUCUCCUUGUUUAUGUUUAGAGCCUUUUUUUAGGUGGAUAAGAUGAUGAGGGGCAUUGAUCGAGUGGAUAGUCAGAGGUUUUUUUACCCAGGGAUGAAAUGGCUAACACGAGGGGGCAUAGUUUUAAGGUGCUUGGAAAAAGAUACUGAGGGGAUGUCAGGGGUAAGUUUUUUUUAUACAGAGAGUGGUGGGUCUGUGGAGAGUGUUUCAGUUCCUGUGGGGCCAGGCUCCCAUGUAGCUCAGUAGGAACAGGGAAGAAUACCAAUGGAGAGAGUCAAACUGAGCCUGGUCACAGAUUGGAGAUGGCAGAAAUGCCCCAUUCUUGUAGAGAGCAUCAGAGAGUUUGAUGGUCAUUCCAGAUACCAGCACUUUGCCCAGUUAGAAGAUGAUUUCUGUCUCCAACUUGGGUUGAACUUCACUGUAACAGUAUGGUGUCAGUUCACCCCUUGACAACUAAAGUGAUCUCAUCUGAAAUGUUGUUCUACACCCAUUAAUGGAUUUUGUAAAUCUUUUUACAGGUUACAAAUGACAAGGAAUUUGUCUAUGGAAAUCCUGAACACAACAGGCCAGUUUUGCUGUCCUUGUCCAGAUAUUUAAGAAGAGACACAAGGGAUUCACUCUAUCAUCUUUCCAGCUCAGACUGUGGGGACGGAUUCACUCCAUCAUCUGACUGACUGGCACGUCCGUCAUUUUUACAUGGGGGGGGGGGUGUUCCCAUUCACCUGCUCAGACAGUGGGAAUGGAUUCAAUCGGUCAUUUCAACUGAAGGUACAUCAGUAAGUUCACGCUGGAAAAGGCCAUUCACCUGUUCUGUGUGUGAGAAGGGAUUCAGUCGGUCUUCCCACCUGUGGACACACCAGUCAGUUCACACUGGGCAGAGGCUGGUCAUCUGCUGAAUUUGUGGGGAAGGGAUUCACUCGAUCAUCUGACCUAAUGGCUCAUCAGCGAGUUCACACCAGGGAGCGGCCAUUCACCUGCUCGGACUGUGGAAAGGGAUUCACUAAAUCAUCUCACCUACUGAGACACCAGUCAGUUCACACUGGCGAGCGGCCGUUCACCUGCUCAGACUGUGGGAAGGGAUUCACUUGCCCAUCUAAACUGAAGGUACAUCAGCGAGUUCACACUGGAGAGAGGCCAUUCACCUGCUCAGACUGUGGGAAGGGAUUCACUCAGUCUUUUGAACUGAAGGUACACCAGCGAGUUCACACUGGGGAAUGGCCUUUCACCUGCUCAGACUGCGGGAAGGGAUUCACUCAGUCAUCCCAUCUGAAGGUACAUCAGAGAGUUCACACAGGAGAGAGGCCGUUCACCUGCUCAGACUGUGGGAAGGGUUUCACUCAGUCAUCUGAACUGAAGGUACAUCAGCGAGUUCACACUGGGCAGAGACCAUUUACCUGCUCAGACUGUGGGAAGGGAUUCACUCAGUCAACUCAUCUACAAAGACACCAGUCAGUUCACACUGGGGAGAGGCCGUUCACCUGCUCAUUAUGUGGGAAGGGAUUCUCUCAGUCAUCUAAACUGAAGGUACAUCAGCGAGUUCACACUGGGGAGAGGCCGUUCACCUGCUCAGACUGUGGGAAGGGAUUCAGUUGCUCAUCUACCCUGAAGGUACAUCAACAAGUUCACAGUAGGGAGUGGCGUUUCACCUGCUCAAACUGUGGGAAGGGAUUCUCUCAGUCAUCUAAACUGAAGGUACAUCAGCGAGUUCACACGGGAGAGAGGCCAUUCACCUGCUCAGACUGUGGGAAGGGAUUCACUUGCUCAUCUAAACUGCAGGUACAUCAGCGAGUUCACACUGGAGAGAGGCCGUUCAUCUGCUCAUUCUGUGGGAAGGGAUUCACUCAGUCAUUUGAACUGAAGGUACACCAGCGAGUUCACACUGGGGAGCGGCCAUUCACCUGCUCAGAUUGUGGGAAAGGAUUCACUUGCUCAUCCCAUCUGAAGGCACAUCAGCGAGGUCACACCGGGGAGAGGCCGUUCACCUGCUCAGACUGUGGGAAGGGAUUCACUCAGUCAUCUGAACUGAAGGUACACCAGCGAGUUCACACUGGGGAGCGGCCGUUCACCUGCUCAGAUUGCGGGAAAGGAUUCACUUGCUCAUCCCAUCUGAAGGCACAUCAGCGAGGUCACACUGGGGAGAGGCCGUUCACCUGCUCAGACUGUGGGAAGGGAUUCACUCAGUCAUCUGAACUGAAGGUACAUCAGCGAGUUCACACUGGGGAGAGGCCGUUUAUCUGCUCAAACUGUGGGAAGGGAUUCACUCAGUCAUCUCACCUACUGAGACACCAGUCAGUUCACACAGGGGAGUGACUGUUCACCUUCUCAGACUGUAAGAAAGGAUUCACUCGGUCAUCCACCCGAAUGGCACACCAGCGAGUUCACAAUGGGAGCAGCCAUUCACCUGCUCAGACUGUGGGAAAGGAUUCACUCGGUCAUCUCAACUGAAGGUACAUCAACUUGAUGCAAAUACAGUGUGACGUUCACUUCUCCUCUCGUAACAUUUGACGAAUGCGUCUACUGGGUCCCCUUUGUCAAAACCCAUAACAAUCAUUGUUGUGUUUUUCAAACCAGCACACGUCUCCCAUCAUGUCGUUGUAUAUCUCGUGAAGCUGAGUGUAUAUUUAGAUGCAAGCACAUUAUAGUUAAUUUCCUUUCCUCGUAGUUAUCGAGGUAAGGUAUUGCUCUCUCAUGACCAGUUGAUUGAACAGGCUCUCAAGGAUGUGCCGAUAUAUUUACCAAUUUUCUUAAGCUACUGUACCCAGAACGGUGUGGUUCAUGUAUGUUCUGAUUUGAGUUGCUCCCCCUGCUGCCCCCUCUCUGAUAGCAGAUAGAUAGUAGCAUCCCCAGCAGUUUUCCCUUCCCAGCCAGGGUGGUUGACAAUCUCCUCAUAUUGCAGCAAUUUUCCCAAUGUAUUUCUGAAGGUAUCCACUCCAAUUAUACAAAUCCAAGUCCUUUGAACUUGCAGAAUUUCCCAAAUUCAUGCUGUUAGAAACCGCACGCUAGCCAGCCCUAGAUUGCUUUGUACCUCACCCACAUGGUCCGACUCGAGUCCCCCACUGAACAAAACGAUUUAUCCUUGAACCCAACCAGGGACGUAAAUUCUGAAUCACGCCGUGCAAUAAUGAUCAGUGAGGUACAGAGAAUCUGUACUUACCGACAAAUGACUUUGAUUGUCUCAACGUAGGUUCAUAAACUAUCUACCUGUGUGCAUCCCACUAGAUUCCCUGACUCACCAUGAACAGUCAAUGAUGAGAAAAUAUAUUACCCCAUCUCAGCAUGGUGUCAUCUCCACGUACCCGUCUUUUCUCCUUAACCCUUAAAUCCCCUACUAUGCAAAACUCUAUCCAACUCUGUCUUAAAUAUAUUCACUGCGGUAGCCUAUUCUGCAAUAUUGGGCAGAGAGUUCCUCAGAUUCACCACUCCCUGGGAAAAGCAGUUCCUUCUCAUCUCCGUCCAAAAUCUAAAUGGUGAUGCUCUAUCUAGUCUGAUCUACCAGUGGAAACAACUUUCCUGUCUCUAUCGUAUCCACCCGUUUCAUAAUGUCAUAUGUUCCUAUCGCCUGUAACUCCAGGCCACAGCCUUCAAAAGACCCCUGAAAAGGAAGAAAAUAGAUAUUAAAGAUAGAAAUAGAGCUGUUUUGGAAGAUGCAAGCAAUGCAGAUUCCGUUAGGCUCCAUCAUCCUCAGCUCUGCCAUGAGGAUAAUUAUAUGGGAGGUAUCACACUAAAGGAGUACACCUUUACUCCAUCACUAAGGCGUUAAAGACUAUAGUUAUCAAUUGGAGUUGCUUGUGGCAUCGGUCCCAGUAUAGUCCAAGUCUGUUACUUAAACGGUGUUAAUGGCCAUUGUUAAGCUUAAUACUAUGCAACAAAUCAAUCGCUCAGUCUCAAUCCUAUCUUUGGUCGGUGAUUGGAGGUGAGAAGACGAUUAAAUCAUUGGAGAUUUGGUCGCAUGCUGAAGUCAUGAUUUUAAUCUGUUGAAUAUUGCGUACGAUACCUAACUACCAGCGUCCCUUUGCUUUAGACUCGAAAUGAUUUAUUAAAUAACGGUUAAUACUUAUCAUAGAUUAUUUGUUCGCUGUUCAACAAGAAAAAAAAGUAGAUCAUGCUCUGCGAUAGUUUGAACGCACUGAGAGUGUUAAAUAUUUCACAAGGACUGGGCAUUUGUGAGUUCAGUUGAAAGAGAAACACAGGUAAUACAUGCGUGAAUGAGCGGACGGCAUUCGUGAGAUUCUUAAGAUUGCAUUGAAAACAUGUUUGAAUUUAUCCUUUCUUUCACAAUGGGAUCUCACUGUUUACAAAUGUCUGCUUUAAUCGGUUGAAAUAAAUUUGCAGGGACAUGUGAAUAUCAAAGACUGCUUCCUUUUCCGUAAUUGAAUGUGUUAGUUUAUGGGGGCCGCCAUCAACCACAUCUGGUUUCCCUUUGUUCUUUAUAAUAUUUGAAAAGGAUUUUCACCAGGUAGUAAAUGUUUAUUCUAUAUACGCCAGUUACCGUCGAAAGUUUUGAAGGAACAAACGUUCGAGUUUUGAUUUUUGUUUUGCCUUCCCUGUGUUCUUUAGUUUGUUUGCUUUGGUGUUGAUUUCAGAGGGAGACAUGGAUUCCCCACUGGCCAUGUGAAAUCAAGGUUAAAAUGAUCGAGAUAUGAUUGCAUCUAUUCUGGGUAAGAUAAACCCGCUGUGCAAAGGUAUAUCGACAUUCAGACAAACUCGUGUAUACUUGAACUGGGAAUUUGACAUUCGCAUUCUCGGAGCUGUUUCAUUUGGGAAACACCAGAGGAUGCUGCAGAAGACUUUGAAACGCUGGUUUUGAGUUGCAGGGUUCCAUGGGAAAAGAUUGCUUUACUGUAAUCGCAGUAUUUGCCCUGUUAUAAAAACACGAGAAUUCAGCUUAGUGAGUGUGCAGUUUCAUUCCGGAUUCAGU